AUGCCACCACCACCAAUACAACUCCUCCCGCUAGCAACCUUCACUCCCGACCUCUACACCCGCGCCUGGCAAUCAACCCCCCACCCCUCCCUCCCCCUCCUAGCAACAACCCACGACAAGACCGUCACCGUGUUUUCCCUCGCGACCUUUUCAAAGCACUCGUCCCUCACGGGGGGUCACAGCCGCUCCAUCCGAUCUUGCGCCUGGCAACCUUCCUCUUCCUCUCAAACCCUACGUCUCGUAACCGGCAGUUUUGACUCCACGGCCGGGAUCUGGACUUACAACCCUGCUGCCACACUCGAAAAACCCAUCGGUCAAGGGGAGGAGGAGGAGGAAGAGGAGGAGGAAGAAUGGGAAUUCACCCUCGUGCUCGAAGGCCACGAAAACGAAGUCAAGUCGUUAAGUUUUAGUCCGUCGGGACAGUAUCUAUCUACUUGCAGUAGGGAUAAAUCGAUUUGGAUAUGGGAGCACUUAUCGGGAGGGGAGGAUGGAGAGGAGGAUGAGGAUUGGGAGACGGUUGCUGUUUUAAGUGAGCAUGAUGGGGAUGUGAAAACUGUGGCUUUUGCGCCGGGUUUUAAACAGGGGAAGAGGCAUGAUGGGAGGAGGUAUGGGAGUGAUUGUUUGGCUAGUGGGAGUUAUGAUGAUACGGUUAGGGUUUGGAGGGAGGAUCAGGAUGGGGAGUGGGGGUGUGUGAGUGUGCUGGAGGGGGGGGUUGGGACUGUUUGGGGGGUUGAGUGGGAGAAAAGGGAGAGGGAAAAUGGGAGGUAUCAGAGGUUGAUGACUGCUGGGGCGGAGGGGGGGGUAAAAGUUUGGGAACUCAAGGAGGAGGAGGGGGAGGAAGAGGAGGGGGAUAGUAGGUGGGGAGGGGUGCCGAAUAGGAUGAGGCAGAGUUUGAGGGAGGAGUGGGAGGUUAAGGGGGUGUUGCCGAGGGUUCACACCAGGGAGAUUUACUCGGUUGGUUGGAGUGGGGAGAGUGGAUUGGUGGCUACGACGGGGGGGGAUGGGUUGUUGGUUGUUUAUGAGGAGGAUGAAGAGACAAAUGAGUGGAAGGUUAGGGCGAAGGUGGAGGCUGCGCAUGGGCCGUAUGAGGUUAAUCAUGUUACUUGGUGUAGGAGGUUUGAUAAGGGGGCGGAGGGGAGGCACGAGGAGAUGUUGGUUACGACGGGGGAUGAUGGGGUUGUGAGGGCUUGGGAGGUGAGGAUAGGGGAGUAG